AUGUUUGCCCAUUUAGUGACUGCUGCUAAGGGUCUAUUUACGCGACACCCCGAAGAACAACACUCUCACUCUGCUGAUUCCAUCACCCCCAAUUCCAACAUGGUGACAUCUACCCGACGUGGAGAUGUUGCGACCGACGUGGCUGCCAAUGGAAAGCGCAAGGAUCGACCCGCGAGCGCUGGAAAGCCCGAUGGCCAGGACACCAAGAAGAAGAGAAGAAGAAGCAACCCCAGGGCUACCGACACAUCUGCAGAUGCCGCAAAUGGCACUCUAGAGACAUCCAACGUAAAUGAGGCGAAAGCGCCUGCCGGCAAAAAGAUCCGGUUCGGUAGCGAAGAACCUGAGCCGAUCAUCGAAACACAGCCAGAAGAGACUUCGGAAUCACCAAAGGAGGACGAAGAAGACGAGGAUAGCGACGAUGAUGCGCCAGAGACUAUCGUCAACUCUGCUCAGCUAUUGAAAAUGAAGGAGCACGCUAAAAAACAAGAAGCAGCGAAGCAAUUAGAGGAACAACUGAAGAGAGAGAAGCGACGGAAGCUUGACGAGCGCCGCAAGUUGCAAGCCAAGGCAAAGGAGGUUCCAGUCGAUGACAUGGCAUCCGAGAGCACAGCUACCCUUCAAGGAGGCACAACUACCCAGGAUGCACGACGGGCCGCUCUCCCCGCUUUGCUUCCCGAUGAUAUUUUGAACGCCGAGCCCGCCAUUCGCGCCCCCACACCACCAGCUGAAGACCUGUUCGCCUUGCCGAAAAAGUCAAAUAAGCUACGAUUUUUGGACAAGACCGACAAGAUUCCCAAGGAUGUUAAUAUCGGAGAUGUUUCUAUCCGUGUGCUCGAUGCGCCGUCCACACGAAAGUCCUCAAAGCCCGCAUUGGCCCCCAAGGUUUCCAAGCUUGGACGUAACGUCAAAAACGGCCUUCUUCAGAAGACUCGUACCACAGCUCAAGGCAAUGGACUCCGAAAGAAAGCAAGCGGCCCGGGUGGAUUUGUUCGCCGGUGA